GAACCAGAGGGCUAGAUGCUCUCAUGACAGAACAUUAGAUAUUUUAUCUAGGAAGAAUAUCUAUAGUAUUGAAAUCGUCAAUGAAGUUUGCGGUUCAUCAACUAGUACUCUGCGAACUAUCACAAAAAACGCUAUUCCCUCAAAAAUAAGCUAUUUGAAAUGGAAGAUGGGUUCACGAUGUCCGAUCCAAAAUUUAAAGGUCCCACUAUAGGCGUUAGACAUGUUCAUGUAGCUAUGUUAUUUUCGAUGCUAGCCAUUGGAUUUGGCAUGAGGACAAACCUGUCUGUGGCUAUAGUUGCCAUGACCGAUUCCAAAGCAACUACAAAUCAUGAUAUACCUACAUAUGAUUGGAACAACAAAAGUGUAAUACUCUCAUCAUUCUUCUGGGGGUACGUCACUCUACAAGCCAUUGCCGGAGAAUUAGGCAAUAGAUUCGGCACAAAAUGGCUAUUAAUAAUAGCCAUGUUUGUGAAUUCCACAGCAUGUGUACUAACCCCUACAAUGGCUGAAGUUGGAUCAUACGGAGUGAUAGGAUGCAGAAUACUACAAGGAAUGUCACAAGGGUUCUUCUAUCCCUCUGUAUCUAAUCUUUUGGGACAGUGGGUACCUCCUUCAGAAAGAUCCCGUGCAGGAGCAAUAUCGUAUGCAGGGUGUCCAUUUGGAAUAAUAUUCACAAUGCCAGCAACUGGAUUCAUAGCUGCCUCAACGUUAGGUUGGCCAUGGAGUUUCUACUUUUUGGGGACUUUAGGCUACAUAUGGAUUUCAGUCUGGUACUUUCUGGGAGCCAGUUGUCCUGCCGAGCACCCAAAAAUAACGAAUGAGGAAAAACAGUAUAUUCAACGAAGCUUAAAUGCCACUCCAGAUGAGAAAGGCGGUACACCAUGGAGAUCUGUUCUUACCUCACUACCAGUAUGGGCAUUUGUUGUGGCCAUGAUUGGAGAAAAUUGGGGAUACGCUACUUUACUCACAGAGAUACCAACUUAUAUUGAUAAAAUAAUGGGCGUCAAUAUCAAAUCGAAUGGCUUGUUUUCUGCAGCACCCUAUCUAGCGAACCUGAUAUUCACCCUCAUAUUUGGAGUUAUUUGCGACCAUAUUAUCAUUCGUGGAUACGUCAGCCGUGGAGCAGCGAGAAAAAUAUUCCAAUCUUUAGCAACAUGUGUACCUGCAAUAGCGCUAGUAGCCCUGUCUUUUCUUCCCACCGACGCCACUGUGCUGAGUGAAACGAUGCUGAUCACAGCAGUAGGAGUGAACGGAGCCAUCCAUUCUGGAGUCUUGAUUAACCCAGUGGACUUAGCCCCCAACUACUCUGGCAUCAUCAUGGGUUUCGGAAAUGGGCUGUCUCAGAUAUUCUCAAUCAUUGCACCUCUUGCUGUGCAGUUUCUUGUAACGGAUGAGGAGGAUAAAUCUUUAUGGAGAAUAAUAUUCAUCACAGCUGCUGCCAUGUUUGUAGGAACGAACUUGUUCUUUGUUCUCCUAUCGUCGGGCGAGGUUCAACCAUGGAACUACAGUAAUGCAAAAACUACUACGACCAAUAAUAAGACAACUACAGAAAAUGAAGAUACACCGCAACCUGAAAUCGUUAAAGUUUGAGAACUGCAAUUCAUUCUUUUAACAACAUUUUUGAUAAUGUUUACCCCAAAGUAGUGAACAAUGGUCUUAGGUCUUAGUAUAAGUAAUGUGCUUCUUUCGAAGCAUUAAGUGUGAGCCGAGCUCGAACCAGAUUGCUAAUACUUACUGUUUGAUUAAACAAUUAUGUGCUCGCAUUCAUAUAAAAUACAAGUAUACAUAUGAAAAGCGUAUCCAUACGAAGCACUAAAGCAUGAAGUGUAAGUGUAUCCAUCCCUUGUAAAAGGAAAUAUUUUGGACUGCGUCCCCCUGUUCACGCCUCGUUGCAUUAUUCUAGUCUAACUGGAAAUCAACAUUGUUUUUUAUUCACUAUUAUGCUCUUCGUUAAAGGCAAAGAUGCAAUAAAGGCUUUCUCAUAUCUUCUAGGUUUCUCUCAAAUACCUAUUUCAUGUUACUGACUAAACUGCUGACCUGUGAUUCGGGUUCCUUAAUUGCCGAAGAAUGAAGGUCACUCGGCACAGGGAUGCAAAUAUGUUAUUAAUGAAAAAUAUUUGAAAAUAACGCUAAACUUGAAACAUAAUCAGCAUUUGUAACGUGACUGCUGCUAGGACCAGAUACUUGAGUUACAGUUACUAGUAGUAGUGAUUGUUAGAAGCUAAUGCACAAAUUGUUUCGAAAUUCUUCAUGCUGGUUUGGCUCACAAAUCACCAGGUAGUCAGGUCGAGUUUUUUUAUUUUCAAUUGUUUUUGUAUUUUCAAUGAAGAAUGUCAAUUUUUUGUCGAAAAUCGUGUUUUUGAUGAAAAAUUAAGAAACAAAUAAAAACCUGAC